GCAGCUAUACCCCAGACCAUAUCCUUGACACUACGACUUUACGUCCCAAUUCCCCAUCUGGAUCUCCCUUUGAAACCUAGCCAUAGCAUGCUCUGUGCUUCUCUUCUGUUACUCUGAAUAAUGGCAAUCGAGAUGCAGACGCAAGGCACAUCCCAAAGACCAGAUCCGCGGACACUCACGUCCCUCUCGGAGAUUUUAUCUUCGCUGUCGGCACUAGAGGCAGAGGAGACGGAGCUUUCAAGCUCUCUAUCCGAACUGCUCUCCGACAGAGAACCUAUCAUCAACGCCUUGACGCGUCUCCAGUCUCUCGAACCGCGUCUCAAUGAACUGUACUCUGAGGCAUAUAUGCUCUCUGGGACUGUAACUGCAACGGCGAAGACGGCGGAUCGCGUAGGUGGACGCGUGCGGCUACUGGAUGAGGAGAUGAAGAGGGUGAGAGAGGCCGGAGAGCGGGUCGGGCAGGUGAUGGAACUGAAGUCCUCGCUGAUGGCCCUCCAGUCCGCCAUGGAAUCGCAAGAUUGGGAGUCUGCCACACGGCACUGCGCGCGAGCGAUGACGCUGCCGCUGGACGUGACCUCGGGCGCGUUCGCCGAGUCCUCGGUGCCCAGCGCAGAGAGCCCCCUUCCGCCUGCGCAGACGCUCCAGGAUGUCCGCGAACAGCUGCUCAGGAUCUUCCGCGAGCAGUUCGAGAAGGUCUCGACGUCGAGGGACGCUGCUGCCACGACGCGCUUCUUCAAGCUGUUUCCGGCCAUCGGAUGGGAAGAGGAGGGUUUGCAGGCUUACGCCUCGUUUGUGGUUGACCUUGUGAAAGUCCGUGCCCCGGCCUCUGCGAAGACCUCGUCACCGCUCUACUAUAUCACUGCCCUGACUGCUCUCUAUGAGAGUGUCGCGAUGAUUGUAGAUCAACAUCAGCCUGUGGUUGAGAAGUACUAUGGCCUCGGCAAGAUGACCAGUGUGCUUAAGCGUCUGUUGCAAGAGUCCGACAGGGUGACUAAAGAUCUCAUUGAAGGCUGGGAAGAGGAGCGAGCAAUGAAGCGCAAACUUGCAGAUAUUUCGAACCCUUCCUUCCAAUCUCUGAAUACGCCUGCACCCAUACGGCGGGUUGCUUCCCAUGCUGGUGCCGUGGACGAAGACCAAGUGGACGCAAGGGAGAUCGACAGAGUGCUCACGGAGGUUGCCGGAAUGGCAGGUCGAUGGAGCCUGUUCCGGAAGUUCCUCUAUGAAAGGCUGAAGGAUAGCGAGGACGAGGACGAGGACCAAAGCAAUGAUAGGUCACGCCCGCAGACGCCUCAGCCGCCACCCACGGCCAGGAGCCAAGCAUUCGAACCGGUUGACACGGGGGUAUCGGACGCACUAGAAGCCAUCGAGGCAUCGUCAUCACGCCAGCUCAUGGAAGAUACCCUCAGCACUUAUUACGUACCUAUGGAAGUCUGGUACAGUCGUACUAUCAUCGACAAGGCGCACAGCCUAUCGAAGCCCGACUUCUCCCAGCUCCCAGCUAUCACCACCACGCCUGACGAUGCUUUCUACAUCCUGAAAGUUGUCCUAUCGAGGUUACUGUCCUCCGGUACCGUGAAGAUAGUCGAAAAGGCUUCGGAGGCAUUGCGCGAGGCCAUGGACCGCGACUACGCGGGUGUCAUCAAGAGAAAGCUGGAUGAUGUGUAUAGGACUGGUGGCUCAGGACCCUCAGCGAGAGGCGAGAAAGAGAGCCGGCAGGCCUUCAUCAUACUACUUAAUGAUCUUGAUAUUUCCUCGUCGCAUAUGGAACGGCUGACCAGGGAGUUGUGCUCGUCAACUCUCAUUACACAAAAUUUCCUAGACAGCGAAGCGGACCAAGUGAAAGACGCUAUAUCUUCAUUCAAUAAUCUCGUCCCACGUUUCCGCUCAACGCUGCGGGCUGGCAUCGAGCAACUCUUCAACCAGCUACUGCGACCUAAACUGCGCAUGUUCAUCCCAGACGUGUACAAGGACGUCUCGUACGUGCUGGAUGAUGCCAGCUAUGCUGUGGCCGAGAUAAACGACGUCGUCCGGAAGCGGUUCGUCAAAGCGUGGGAAGGCCUGGUUGAAGGCUACAAGGACACUUUCACUGAGAGCAACUUCCGCCUAUUCUUUGGAUUGGCCCUGGACGUGCUGGUUCGCCCCUGGGAGAAAUUUGUGAUGGCAUUGAAGUAUACUGAGCUCGGUGCUGUACGCUUUGAUCGCGACCUGCGAGCUAUCACGACGUAUUUGUCAUCUCAGACGGCCUUUGGAGACGUCAGAGAGAAGUUCUUGCGUCUGCAGCAGAUUGCGACGCUUCUCAAUUUGGACUCGGAGGAGGACGUGGAGGAGUUUUACAACGGCUCAGGCAUCUCAUGGAAGCUGAACGAGCACGAAGCUCGUCUUGUUGCCGGACUUCGUGUCUAAAGCCUUUUGCGUUAUCUAUCCUGCUCCGGCAUGAUACAUCGAAUCAGAAUAUACAAUUUCGUAAAUGAAUUAUCCGCAUCUUCUCGGUACAGGGUAUCUUUCAUGCGAGCUGCAUAUUAGUCGCUGUGGAACAAACUCAGCCCCGCCUAAGGGCAUCAAGGCGCGCCUGCAGCGCGUCCUCGUCCGACACGCCUCCGCCAGAAUCUCCGCCACCUGUGUGGGAAGGGCCGCCGCCUUCACCCAUCACAACGGCUUGUUUUGGCUCAGUAAGCGGUGAAGAUAUCGCUAGGCCACUUGGCGCGUCCGUGAGCUAUCCGACAACCAAGUGUCAACAGAGUGGAGCAUAUGAGGGAUAGUCAUCGCACGUACCUGUUGGGAGAUGUCCACGCCAAUCUCGUCGAGGACUUGCUUGAGGAUCUUGUCACCUUCCUCCUCCUCGUCCUCGAGGGAGUCGUCCAUGACAUCGUCAACCGCAUCGGACAUCAUCUCCUCCUUCAUGUCCAUUGUCGCACUCUCCUUCUCAAAUUCAAGCAUGAUCCGCUGGAUCUGCGGCAGGUUCAUCCCGCGGUUCAUCGCACCCAUGGCCUGGUUACGAUAUCAGUAUCG